CAUCGAUCUCAAUCCCUCACCGCUCAGGAACAACAACAAUCAAUUGCGAAAUACUUGUCCGCCCAUAAUGAACCCAGCAGUUUGGCUUCUGCACCUACAUCAGUGGAAUCGUCCCCUGUAGGACUAUGUUGAGGACUUCUGCGAUCUGGCCAGCCAGGUGGAUUUUAGUGUGGUCACCCUAAAGGACAUUUUUGAGUGAGCCAAUAUCCUCCUUGAUGCCUGGUGGUCGCAGUCCCCUCAAUCUGGCUCAAUAUAUCGACCUCUCCCUGCAGAUCAUUGGUUCCACGUUAACUGUGGUGGAGGCAGAUGCCGAGCCAGAGAUCUACGACAUGGCUGCCAAGCCAGAGUUCCACGUCAUGGCCGCCAAGCUAUAGUUCCACGUCAUGGCCACCGAGCCAGAGUUUCACGUAAUGGACCCUCAGCCUGCUCCAUGCCAUGUCACAGCAAUGCCUCAGCCUGCUCCAUGCCAUGUCACAGCAACGCCUCAGUCUGCUCCAUGCCAUGUCACAGCAACGCCUCAGUCUGCUCCAUGCCAUGUCACAGCAACGCCUCAGCCUGCUCCAUGCCAUGUCACAGCCGUGCCAGAGCCUGCUCCAUGCCACGUCACAGCCGUGCCGGAGCCUGCUCCAUGCCACGUCACAGCCGUGCCUGAGCCUACUCCAUACCACGUCACAGCUACGCCUGAGCCUUCUCCAUGCCACGUCACUGCCAUGCCUGAGUCUGUUCCGCUCCAUUUCAUGGCCACAUCUGAGCAGUUGGACCUGGAGAUGGUUCCUGCCCUUGAACCCACCCUUAAUUCUCCUGAGCAGGCAAGGGGAACUUUCAACAUUCCGACCCGCCUGGACACUCCGAGCCCUGUACUCCACCUUGGCCUGUCAGUCCUUCGACAUUGACUCGGUUCAGUGUUUCCUCGGCUCCGCUGUGGUCCUUCAGCCUGUCGGCUUUGCUGGGGUCCAUCAUCCCCCCAGCUCCUCCUUGGUCAGUCGGUCACCUGGCUCCGUCUUGGCUCUCCGAUUCCUCCGAUAUGUCAGUUCCACCUGGGAUCUCCAUCCCUACGGCUCUGCCUCAGUCUUCCAAUCCCACAGCUCCGUCUUGCUCAUCCGAGCCUCCAGCGCCACCUUGGUCCUCCCUGCC